AUGAUGUCAAGACAGGCCUUUCUCUGCAGUUUGGGAUCUCUGUAUUUGUCCCUUCUGUUUGUAUUUCUUCUAAUGGAUGUUUAUGCAAGGCCGGCAAAUAAUUCGGCCCUCAAAGAAAAGCCACCUGACAGUAAAGAUGAGAAUGAGAUCUUGCCCCCAGAUCACUUGAAUGGGGUCAAAAUGGAGAUGGAUGGACAUCUUAACAAAGAGUUUCAUCAAGAAGUUUUUCUAGGAAAAGAGAUGGAGGAGUUUGAGGAAGAUUCAGAACCCAGAAAAAAUAGGAAGAAGCUCAUGGUCAUCUUUUCAAAGGUGGACAUAAAUAAUGAUAAAAAGAUAGGUGCGAAAGAGAUGCAGCGCUGGAUCAUGGAAAAGACAGAUGAACAUUUCCAGGAAGCUGUAGAAGAGAAUAAAAUGCACUUCCGAGCUGUGGACCCUGAUGGUGAUGGCCAUGUGUCCUGGGAUGAAUAUAAAAUUAAAUUUUUGGCAAGUAAGGGCUUUAAUGAAAAAGAGAUUGCAGAGAAGAUCAGAAACAAUGAAGAGUUGAAAAUAGAUGAAGAAACACAGGAAGUUUUAGAUAACCUGAAGGAUCGGUGGUACCAAGCUGACAACCCACCUCCUGAUCUGUUGUUGAACGAAGAAGAAUUCCUCUCCUUUCUUCAUCCGGAGCAUAGUAGGGGAAUGCUGAAGUUCAUGGUGAAAGAAAUCAUCCGAGAUUUGGAUCAAGACGGAGAUAAGAAACUUACCCUUUCAGAGUUCAUUUCAUUACCUGUUGGUACUGUAGAGAACCAACAAGCUCAAGAUAUUGAUGAUGACUGGGUAAAAGACAGAAGGAAGGAAUUUGAGGAGGUCAUUGAUGCUAACCAUGAUGGCAUUGUCACAAUGGAAGAGCUGGAGGAAUAUAUGGAUCCUAUGAAUGAAUACAAUGCCUUAAAUGAAGCGAAGCAAAUGAUAGCAGUAGCAGAUGAAAAUCAAAACCAUCACUUAGAGCUGGAGGAGAUUCUGAAAUACAGUGAAUACUUCACAGGCAGCAAGCUUAUGGACUAUGCACGUAACGUCCAUGAAGAGUUCUGAUCCUGCUCACUUUUCCAGAGCUCUGAAGCACUUUCUUACUUAAAAAAAAAAAAAAACACCACAACAAAAAAAUCCAACCCCCAAACUGACAGAAAGUUACUUUGCUGCUAUCUGUGUUAUAUGCCUACAGUGUGUUGUCCUAGACUUAAACUUCCGUCCAUACGUAAGAUCUACAGCUCUGUUGCCUUCGGUAUGAAGGAAAAAAAGGUCCACAAAUAAUGGGGCAAGUACUGGACUUACAUCAGUUCGCCCUGGGUUGUACAGUUAAGCCAGCUGAAGUUUCAGCUGCUUUUGUCUGAUCAUAUUUGGUGGAGGCUUCUUAAAUACUUUAACUCUUCUUGUUGCCCUCAUAGCUGCUGAUCCAUGGAAAUCACAAAUAACAUUGAAAGAUGUUGGCUUUUGUAAAGGGGAUUGUGGUUCAAAUACGUGUGUUCUGACCUCAUGAGAAUAUC